AUGAAGUCGAACUUGAUCCUGUUCCUUGUUUCACUCUACUGUAUGAUGGUCUUUACCAGAGCUGAUUCUCCAGAUCCAAAGACUUUCCUCCAGGAUUAUGUGACAUAUAAAAAUGUUUGCCAGGAAAUGGAUUGGGCACCAAAGUGUGAUUAUUACAAGGAAACCAAGGAAGGUUGUCAAGGAAAGAUUGUGGCAUUUCAUGCUAUUCUAUCCAAAGGACUGAACAACAUACCUAUUGAUACAAUCCUCAAAUUUGAGAACGUACUGACCAAUGAAGGUGAAGGAUACAGCCCAACAACGGGCAAAUUUACAGCACCAGAAGAUGGCGUCUACUAUUUCUCAUAGACUUACUGUACAAAUGGAGGAUCUACUCUGUAUGUAUUCGGAAUUGUGGAUGGCACAAUUCGUGCAUAUAUCUCUAACAGUGGUCAAGCAAGCGCCUGGCAAAACACAUCUGGGCACUUAGUUAUAAAAUUGAAAAGAGGAAAUCAAUUCUGGCUUCAAACCGCCGUUUCAACUUCUAAAAUAAUACAUGCGGAUUGUACGUUUCUUUCAGGUUACAAGUUGUCUGGGUUUUGAUACAUAUUUA